AGUUUACUGUGAGGAGCUAUAGUUGUAAUAUAUUAUAAUUUGCAAUGGGAUGUUAAAGAAAUACUUGUACGUUUCUGCGCAACUGGCCAGGUACUUCUGUGUACGCUCCCUCAACAUCAUCAGGACAGAGAGACCAGACACUUGCUCACACGGCGCACUCCAAACAAAAGAAAAUGAAAACAUUUACAAAUCUCAUAAAGGAUGGUUAUGAAAUAAACACUUUUUUUUUUUUAGCAGGUUGUGAACUUUGCAAGUAACUUUUCAACUGUAAAUAACUGCAAUACAUGCAUUAACAGAAAUGAAUGUAACCAAAUUAUGGCCUCUAACUACUUGUGACAUAUGUAAUGGGGAAUUUGUUUUAAUUUUAAAUCAAAGGAAAAACUAUUCACACAAUGAAUGCUCAAUAAUUAGAGGGAGACAGCUGAGCCGUUUUGGAGAGAGACUCGCCUAUAUCUUCGCCAAACACCCCUCCCCUUGUCUCAACAUUUUAAAUUAUACUCUAGACCCGUUAUCUUCAGACAUAUAUUUUAGAUGCUUUUCACUGAAGGCUGCAACUCAAUAAUCAGCUAGGCCUAUUGCCACGCAGGCUUCCUGAAUAGACAUAGGCCUACAAGCUUGUGAUUUGAAAUGAAAUGAUUCCUCUGUGGCUAACUCAUGCUUUCUGGUAAAGUGUGUUUAAUGAUUUUAUUUCUGUUUAGACAGGAUUAAUUAGAUUAUUUUGGUAAAUGUACUUCCCUAUUGGACACAGCCAUGCCAUUUCUCUCCUGUUGGCAAACCAUCCUAGUUGUUGCAUCUUUAGAGUCUUUCAAUUUCUAACAGUGAUGUUCAACUCUGUCACAUAUUUUGAACCACUCAGGUGGGCUGUUCAGAAUGGUGGUUUCUCAGGUGGGCUGUUCAGAAUGGUGGUUUCCCAGGUGGGCUGUUCAGAAUGGUGGUUUCCCAGGUGGGCUGUUCAGAAUGGUGGUUUCUCAGGUGGGCUGUUCAGAAUGGUGGUUUCCCAGGUGGGCUGUUCAGAAUGGUGGUUUCCCAGGUGGGCUGUUCAGAAUGGUGGUUUCUCAGGUGGGCUGUUCAGAAUGGUGGUUUCCCAGGUGGGCUGUUCAGAAUGGUGGUUUCCCAGGUGGGCUGUUCAGAAUGGUGGUUUCUCAGGUGGGCUGUUCAGAAUGGUGGUUUCCCAGGUGGGCUGUUCAGAAUGGUGGUUUCCCAGGUGGGCUGUUCAGAAUGGUGGUUUCCCAGGUGGGCUGUUCAGAAUGGUGGUUUCCCAGGUGGGCUGUUCAGAAUGGUGGUUUCCCAGGUGGGCUGUUCAGAAUGGUGGUUUCCCAGGUGGGCUGUUCAGAAUGGUGGUUUCUCAGGUGGGCUGUUCAGAAUGGUGGUUUCUCAGGUGGGCUGUUCAGAAUGGUGGUUUCUCAGGUGGGCUGUUCAGAAUGGUGGUUUCUCAGGUGGGCUGUUCAGAAUGGUGGUUUCUCAGGUGGGCUGUUCAGAAUGGUGGUUUCUCAGGUGGGCUGUUCAGAAUGGUGGUUUCUCAGGUGGGCUGUUCAGAAUGGUGGUUUCUCAGGUGGGCUGUUCAGAAUGGGGGUUUCCCAGCUGGGCUGUUCAGAAUGGGGGUUUCCCAGCUGGGCUGUUCAGAAUGGGGGUUUCCCAGCUGGGCUGUUCAGAAUGGGGGUUUCCCAGCUGGGCUGUUCAGAAUGGGGUUUCCCAGCUGGGCUGUUCAGAAUGGGGGCUUCCCAGCUGGGCUGUUCAGAAAGGGGGCUUCCCAGCUGGGCUGUUCAGAAAGGGGGCUUCCCAGCUGGGCUGUUUAGAAUGGGGGUUUCCCAGGUGGGCUGUUCAGAAUGGUGGUUUCCCAGGUGGGCUGUUCAGAAUGGUGGUUUCCCAGGUGGGCUGUUUAGAAUGGGGGUUUCCCAGCUGGGCUGUUUAGAAUGGGGGUUUCCCAGCUGGGCUGUUUAGAAUGGGGGUUUCCCAGCUGGGCUGUUUAGAAUGGGGGUUUCCCAGGUGGGCUGUUUAGAAUGGGGGUUUCCCAGGUGGGCUGUUUAGAAUGCGGGUUUCCCAGGUGGGCUGUUUAGAAUGCGGGUUUCCCGCAAAUUGCAUUUGGGCAAUAUUAGAAAAUUACAUGAGGUACAUGUUCUGUUAAGAUGCAUUACCAUAAUCAAAAUGGUAAUACAACAUUUCUGUCAUUCUGAGCACCGUGGGUGGACGCCUUAAUAGUACACACACACUGAAGGAGAACAUUCCUUCCUUCUUCACCACCCUCCAGCCUUAGGCUCCCAGGCUCUGCUCAGAGACAAAUCUAUACCCCACUACGCCUUUCUCAGCCCCUCUGUUUAACCUGAGCCACUGGAAAUCAGCACACCAGCAUUGAGUGUCACUUAAUCCCUGUGUUUAUCCAGUGACAAAUUAUACACCCAAUAAUCUCAAUACCCAUCAACAAUGACUAAUCCAGAUCAGUGUUUCCACAGGGUGAGAAAUAAUUGGCUGGCAGUUGACUGAAACCCGUUGUCCACUGGAUCCCCCUGAACAGCAUGCCAGCCAUUGAUCCUCUGGGUGGUACGACUCUGACCCAGCUGCUAUUGCUGUGGAGAGACUGGCUUUACUUCCAGAGAAAUCUACACAAGUGUUCUCUGUACUACGGCUGUAGUCAUCUAGCAUUUGGCACUGAUGUCAUUACAGCCUGGCUGAGCUAAGAACUUAGUCAUCUACCAGUGGUUUCAUUGAGUUAACUGUAGCCUGAUGUGUUUCUAUGUUUUUUGGAGCCAACACCUCUGGCUACCAGGCUAAGUUGACUCCACUGCCAGCCCUGUGGAUGUGCCCUGUGUAAAUCUAAUGUGCAUAGCCUCAUCUGGUGUAUCAAUGGCCCUUAUUUGUUGCUGCUGCGUGUAUCAAAGGUUGCAGUAGAUGGAUAGAGCUAGUCUAGGAUUGUCCAGGGCCACAGCUGAGGCUCAGCACUGGGGUUCACCCAGGUAAAGGUGAGAUGAGGUCAAAACCCUUGCUGCUCUGCUGGGGCCUUAUUUCAUGAGUAAGUGGUUCUUGGGGGUCAGAGUACAUUGCCACAGUCCAACAACUCUCACUGUUACAAAAGAGUGUAUGGAGAACAGGGUUCUGUAGUUGAGGCCUUGGUUAGCGUGUUCUGCUCUCUUAUUGCUGCCUGGUGUGCCAGUAAGAAGCGUGGUUAGCAGUUACCAUUGGCAGCGUGGCGUUAUGUAUUGCCACAACUGUCAUGCCAUUGGUGAAGAGCUAACGGUGAGGUCAGAAUCCAUAGUGGGAUCAGAGCUGACACACUGUUCUCUAUCCCUAACAUCACACUGAACAGGGCAAAGGUUUGGGUGUGUGUUCUCUCUUUCCAGUGUACCGAUUUGACGUGCUGGGGUUCGAGGUAAUUGAGGUAGCUAUGUACAUAUAGUAGGAUAGACAAUAGACAGUAGCAGUGGCGUAUGUGAUGAAAGUGUGUGUGUUUAGUCAGUGCAAGAGGUUCAGAAAAGGGUAAAUGCAGGACAUCCGGGUAUCCAUUUGAUUAGCUAUUUAGCAGUUUUAUGUCUUGGCUGUAAAAGCUGUUCAGGGUUCUGUUGGUACCGCUUGCUGUGCUGUAGCAGAGAAUAGUCUACGGCUUGGGUGGCUGGAGUCUUUGACAAUUUUGAGGGCCUUCCUCUGACACCGCCUCGCUUACAGAUCCUGGCAGCUCGGCCCCAGUGAUGUGGACACCAGGAACUUGAAGCUCCACUACAGCCCCGUCAAUGUGGAUGGGGGUGUGUUCACCCCUCCGUUUCCUUUUGUCCAUGAUCAGCCCCUUUGUCUUGCUGAUGUUGAGGGGGAGGUUGUUUUCCUCGCACCACACUGCCAGGUCUCUGAUCUCCCUAUAGAAGGAAGUGUUUGUGUGUUGCUCUCUCUCUCUCUCUCUCUCUCUCUCUCCGUGUGUGUGUCAAGUUCGAGCCUAAAAUGUGUUAAUCACGUUUGACUGCUUUAUUACAGCAUUCAUUAUUGUGAUUGAGGGAAGCCAAAUUGUUUUCUGCUUUGAUGGUUUGCUGAUUUAGCCGAGCUCUGGUGAUUGGAGUCAUGUGCUUACCUUCACUACACUCUACAACGUGCUCACUGUCAGACACACAGCCUGAGCUGCCUCAAUUCUCCGCAUCUAUUUCUCCGUCUCCCUCACUUUACCCCUGUCUCUA